AUGCGCUCUGGAGGAAGAGGCCUCCAACCGUGCCCAUUCCGAAGCUGGCAUAGAGGCGGUUUGGAGCGGACCCUUCAGGAAGAGUACGAAACGGCUCUGAAGCAUGAAGGCGCUGUGGAGGAGUAUCAAGCUCGACUGAAGGCCAGGGAAGACAUCAUCGUCUUUCUUAGAAAGCGAGAUGGUAGAGCGUUGUUGACGCUCGAUAUGGUCGGCAAUACCAUUAGCGGCUUGAUGGAGCGCAACGACGGGACACCCUAUAACUGGCAGGAAGUCGAUGACGACAACGCAUGGAGGGGAGACCGACCAGGAAUGAAACUCCACCUCGGGCAUGUAACUAUCAUAAAUCUGGGAGGAUUUAUGUACAUACCUUCGAGGAUGACUGCGCUGCUCAAGCGCAAUCUUGAGAAUAUCAGAGGCAUUUACUUCGUUAACCUUCCCGGGCUCGAUCCAAUCAUUCGGGCUCUAAAGGCAGCCAAUAGGCCAUACAGAAACCUGUAG